AUGUCUUCUGAUCCUACGUCUCAGCAGCUGGACGAGGAAACUCCUUUGCUUCGAUCAGAAGGAAAUGCGCUGGCGAAGAAACCACAGACGCCUCUACCAUGGCGUCAAUUCUCAAUGGUCCUGGUGUCGCAGAUUGCAGAGCCAAUGACAUCGCAAGUUAUCUCACCUUUUGCGCCUCAGCUCAUCCGUGACAUUGGGAUCACCCACGGAGAUGAAGCCCUCGUUUCUUUUUAUGUUGGGCUGUUGCACUCGCUGUUCUUUGUGACAGAAGCGCUCACCAUGUUCCACUGGGGUCGUCUCUCUGACUAUAUCGGUCGCAAACCUGUCCUGCUAAUUGGACUAUUCGGAAUCUCUCUCUCAAUGCUCUGCUUCGGUUUGUCCAAGACAUUCUGGACCUUGGUGAUAAGUCGUUGCCUGGUUGGCGCACUCAAUGGAAACAUUGGUGUUAUCAAGAGUGUAACGGCUGAAAUGACGGAUUCCACUAAUAUGGCCCGCGCAUGGGCCUUCGUUCCUCUUGCCUGGUCCAGCGGUGCCACACUUGGGCCACUCAUUGGUGGAGGACUUGCGCGACCUGCGGAUAGGUUCCCUAAUAUAUUCGGAGGUUCUGAAUUUCUGAAGGAAUAUCCAUAUUUCUUGCCGUGCGCGAUACCUGCCGCGAUAUCAGCGUUGACAUGGAUUUUCAUUUUUCUUUACUUGAAGGAGUCGCAGACCUCAACUCCCCAAGUAAACAUUAGCCAACUGCUACCUUGGAAAAAGCGCAACACUGUUCCUUUAGCCGCUCUAGAACCCCCACCAGUAUCAUCUUCGAUCGGCGAUAAGCCCGUCCCCAUUCGAGCUCUUUUCGUUCGUCCGGUAUUCGUCGCAACCGGAGGCUACGCAGGUAUUGCCCUUGUUGAUAUGGCAUUUCGCACUGUACAACCCGUGUUCUACGCUACUCCCAUAUCGCUGGGUGGUCUAGGGCUCGAUACUCCAGCCAUUGGAACUAUCCUGGCGGUCCAGGGAACUGCAAUUGGCGUAAUGCAGCUAUUAAUCUUUGCCAAGCUUCAUGAUAUCAUGGGUGCAAAAAAACUUUGGCUGUUCGCCCUGACGUGCGCCCUGCCUAUGAUUGCUCUCUACCCGGCCUUGAAUACGCUAGCGAGGUCUAGUGGCAUUGUUCAGAGUGUAUGGUAUUUGGUGGCCCUGCAGAUAGCUCUUACGAGUUCCGUCUCGUUUAUGUAUAUCGCUGCGGCUUCUCCUAACCGAGCGUCUGUGGGCGCGACAAACGGGUUUGCGCAAGUGGUCGUCUCUGUCAUGCGCGCUAUUGGACCGGCUGCAGCCAACUCCGCGUUCUCAAUUAGUAUUGAGAGACAGUAUCUUGGAGGAAAUCUGGUAUAUUGUGUAAUGGUAGUCUUUGGCGGGAAAGUAGAUGACGGCAUCCUGUUCUGA